UAAACAUCGGAUCAUUGUAAUUGACCACCUCUAAUCUGUCUGUCAGUCAAGAUAUUUUGUUGUGAUCUAGUGAUAGAGUGUUUUCGAGUAAUUUAUUUAAGUGUUGUACGUCGUCAUUUGUUACAGUUUUUAGUUCGAGAACGAUACUCUAUGAUUUUAAUUUAAUUUUUAAAAGUUUCGAUACUAUUAUGUAGAUGUGAAUGUUUAAUUCAAAUAUGUGAACGACAAUCGUGUGUUCAAUAUGUGGAUCAAUUUGAAAAAACCUAGACCCAUGCAAAUCGUGAUAUAUCGUGUUUCAUACAAUUAUUAGAUUUUAAUUAAUUGGGGAAAUGGUACUGUUUGUCACGGAAUCAAACACUGAGAAAGGAGCAAGAAUGAUGGCACCCACAAUGAGCUCUCUCAUGGAACCAAACGUCACACAACCCAUCACUCCUGUAGAAGAAGAGCUUUUCUGCAAACUUAUUCUCUAUAUUGAAAUAUCAAACUCGAGAGUUCGAGUGUGGGAUGUGAUCAUUCUAGUCCCAAAUCUGUUGUUUCUACUCUUCCUCAUCGUUCGGUUCAAUCGAGCUAGACUUAAAUUAAGAGCUACGAGCAGUCCUAUAUUCUUUGCUUUCUAUGGACUAGUCCUGGUUAAUGUGGUGAUAAGUGUGAUCCGGUGUGUGGUUUCGAUGAGUGUCAAUGCUGCUGCGGUCGUAGGGGGCUAUGUGGAUACAUUUCUGUGGAUUACCGUCCGAUUCUUCUUGCUAUCAACAGAGAUGAGUGUAGUCAUAUUUGGGCUUGCGUUUGGACACUUAGACAGUAGAAGCAGCAUCCGUUACGUUCUGUUGGCUACAUCACUAUUUUCUCUGGCCUUCUCUACUAGUCAAGGGGCUCUUGAAGUCUUAGCUCCCGAUGAAAGUUUCAGAAUCCAUUCCAAGGAUUUCAACAUCUUUGGUCAUGGUGGAAUGCUCUUCUGGUUCACCAGUUCUAUAGUGUUUUCAAUGGUAUGUAACGUUUAAGGUAUUAAAUUAAUUUAAACCUUUCUGGACAGCCUUAUACAAUUUUAGAGAUUUUAUAAGGUUUGUCCAAAAAGAAACAGAUAUUUUGGUCUAACACGGCAUUGUUUUGGAGUAGGUGGGCCUAAAUUUUUGUGCUAAAACGUACCUACACCAGGAUUUA